GGCGCGGACAGAGCGGUGUGUGUGUGUGUGUGUGUGUGCAGUGUUAGCGCUUUCUCUCUCUCACACACACACACACACACACACAAUGAGCGACACGGAGAAGAAGUUUACCGAGCGGGAGAAGACGAGACGUCAGAAGAUGAAGUCAGAUGGCAUUUAAAAUGACUUUAAAAAAAAAAGAAACGAACAAAAAGCAGAGUUGCAUGCUAAUGCUAACGGCGAUGCGCGAAGCUCCCGUUGCGGUGUGUAGCGUUUAUGGGCGGAGGGACAGGAUGAGGGGAAGAAGGAAGCAGUUGAAGGCAGAGACACAAAUGAAGUGGAAGAAAGAAGAACAGCGGGGGUUGAAGUAAUGAAGUUAACGUGAAGUUGUCCACGCUCAGUAAAUAUGAUUGAGUCGCACUCGGAGUCGAGGAGUGAGAGUCAUCAAGGGUCACACAAAUCAACCAGCCGAUCCCCGGCGCGCUUGCCUGCACACUCCAAACACGAUUCACGCUCCAAAUCGCGAUCACGCUCCAAGUCUGACUCUUGUUCACAUCGCAGUUCCCGGAGACGCUACAGUCGCUCGCGCUCCCGACGACGCCACUCGCGCAGCCGCUCCUACAGCGGGUACUCACGGCGCCGAAGGAGCCCCUCCCACUCCCCCAUGAGCAACCGCCGGAGACACGUAGGCAACCGGGCGAACCCCGACCCCAACACCUGUUUAGGAGUGUUUGGGUUGAGUUUGUACACCACAGAGCGAGAUCUGCGGGAAGUCUUCUCCAAGUACGGCCCGCUCGCGGACGUGUGUAUCGUCUAUGAUCAGCAGUCGCGUCGCUCCCGAGGGUUCGCCUUCGUGUACUUCGAGAGCAAAGAGGACGCGCAGGAGGCUAAAGAGAGAGCGAACGGUAUGGAGCUGGACGGCCGCAGGAUCCGAGUCGACUUCUCCAUUACCAAGAGACCACACACACCCACACCGGGGAUCUACAUGGGCCGGCCCACAUAUGGAGGUCCCAGUCGACGUCGUGAUUAUUAUGAUCGAGGGUGUGAUCGCUAUGAAGACCGUGAUUACUACAGCAGGUCAUACAGGAGAAGGUCUCCGUCUCCGUACUACAGUCGUGGUGGAUAUCGCUCACAUUCACGCUCCCGCUCCUACUCCCCCCGUCACUACUGACCCCUGUCUGUGUCUGAAGCCAUGAUGAUGAACACAGCUGUGCUGAGCCGUGUGUGUGUGUUCUCUAUGUCUUGGAUGCAUUUUUGGUUAUAUCUAUAAAGUUGUGUGUGUGUGUGUGUGUUCUAUUAAUGCUUUAGUUUUUUUCUCAAUAAAC